AUGACGACCCUCAUCCUGCUUCUCUCCCUGGGUUUCCUGUGUUCUGCCACAGAACUUAUCCAUUCUGAGAAUAUUACAAAGGAUUCUUCCUUCAGUGAAGUGAGCUCAAGAGCAUCCUGUCCUGGUGGAUGGAGACGGUUCAGUGGACGCUGCUAUAGGUUUACCAGCACUGCAAGAACAUGGGCAGAAGCAGAGCGCUACUGUUUACUACUGGGUGGCAAUCUGGCGUCUGUGCACAGUGUUGCUGAGUACCACUACAUUCAAGGACUCAUAGUGACACAUACACAUGGUUCACCUUUCACUUGGCUUGGUGGAACAGAUGCCCAGCAGAAUGGAAUAUGGUUUUGGAGUGAUGGAUCCAGAUUUACAUUUCAUCUCUGGAGUCCCGGUGAACCCAAUAACCAAAACAAUAGGAAUGAAGCCUGUCUACACAUGAACCUUGGAGGUUAG